AUGUUUAUUUCAUUCGUGAAGGCGUCGUCGGUAGCAGCAAAAAGGAAAAAACAGAAUGGUGACGACGAUACUGCUAGUGCUAGUUACUGCCGAAGAUGGCAGUGGCGACGACACCAGGCUCCGCCGGCGAUGGUGGAGGUGCAGUCAUGGCCCAAUGGUGGCCAGAUUCAUUUGAUGGCUAACGCCAUCAACUUCAAACCCAUUAAUUUGAUGGGAGCAUUAAAGGAGUUGGGGGAAGAAUGAAAGAUGAAAUAUAUUGGAUUAUCGUAGGCUUCAACAUCAACGAUUAGAAGAGCCCAUGUUGUGCACCCAUUUAUAUGGGUUGCAUGGUACAAAUAUGUUUUUUUUUAUAAAGAUCGA